CCAUAGGAGAGAGAGAGAGAGAAACUGAGACAGAGUGGACACACCAACACACCAUCAUUCCAAAGCAAAAGCAAGAGGGAAAAAGAAAGAACGGAAGACUGGAGAGAGAAAAGCGAGAGGGGGAGGAGGCGAGCGGAGAGGGGCCGAGGAAGGAGGAGGGUUUCUGUUGCCUGAAGAUCAGGAGAAGAAGAAGAAGGCCCCGAUGCAGACGAGCGAGCAGCAGCCCCUGCAGCAGGCCCACCAGCAGCAGCAGCAGCAGCAGCUGGCCCUGCAGAACUCGUCGGGGAGCCUGAGCUUCAGCAGCAACAUGUCGCUGUCGAGGGAGGACGAGGAGAUGUCGAGGUCGGCGCUGUCCACCUUCAGGGCCAAGGAGGAGGAGAUCGAGAGGAAGAAGAUGGAAGUCCGCGAGCGCGUCCUCAACCACCUGGGUCGGGUCGAGGAAGAGACCAAACGCUUGGCCACCAUUCGCGAGGAACUAGAAGCACUGGCGGAUCCAAUGAGGAAGGAUGUUUCCCUGGUUAGAAAGAAGAUAGAUACAGUGAACAAGGAAUUGAAGACGCUAGGACAUUCUUGCCAGAAGAAGGAGAGAGAGUACAAGGAGGCUCUCGAGGCUUUCAACGAUAAGAACAAGGAAAAAGUACAGCUCAUUACCAAGUUAAUGGAGCUUGUGAGCGAAAGCGAGAAGUUGAGGAUGAAGAAGCUGGAGGAGCUCAGCAAGAACAUAGAGUCUAUAAACUGAAGAUAGUCUACUCCACUGCUGAUAGCUGAUCAAAGUUUGUUCUGAUCUGAUGCUUGUAAAUGUGACUUGCCUACAUUUAUUUAUGGGUGCUUUGGGACUGGGAGAUGUUACUCUUUACCUCUGUUUUUGUUAGCAUUUGAUGGGUCUUGGAUCUUUUCACUAGUCAAGUUAGGAAAGGGAAAAUUGCCUCUUGAACCGGGUUUGUAGAAUUUAACGCGUCUCCACUGUCGAGUUUCUUCUUAUUUUCUUUUUUAUCUUUUUUCCCGUUUGUUGAAAACUUAACUAUCUUUUGAAAGUCUUGUAUAAUUUUUUCAGUGUGGUUUGAAGAAUAGCCCCUUUCAUAUCCAAUUCUUUUCUUGGUUAUUGUAACUUUGCGUUCCCUAUUAUGGUGGUUGUCUGAUUCUUCUCUGUACUGAAUGGUAAAUCACUUUGGGCAA